GGGUUCGACCCCCGCGCCCCCAUGUAGCUGGGAAGCGGGGCCUGGGGGUGGUCGGACCCCUGGGAUUCUGAAGGGGGACGGAGAGGGCGCGGAACCCCGCUUGUGCCGCUGCUGCCGGGACGCGGCGUCCUCGGGAUCCCCUCGUCGCUGCCAUGCUCCCCGCGGCCUUCCCGCUUCCUGUGGUCGUGGCCGCCGUGCUGUGGGGAGCGUCCCCCGCGCGGGCGCUCAUCAGAGCGACCUCCGACCACAAUGCCAGCAUGGACUUUGCAGACCUACCAGCUCUCUUUGGGGCUGCCCUGAGCCAGGAGGGACUUCAGGGCUUCCUUGUGGAGGCUCACCCAGCCAAUGCCUGCAGCCCCAUUGCCCCUCCACCCCCAGCCCCGGUCAACGGGUCAGUGUUUAUUGCACUGCUUCGAAGAUUCGACUGCAACUUUGACCUCAAGGUCCUGAAUGCUCAGAAGGCCGGGUAUGGCGCAGCUGUGGUCCACAACGUGAACUCCAACGAGCUUCUGAACAUGGUGUGGAAUAGUGAGGAAAUCCAGCAGCAGAUCUGGAUCCCGUCUGUGUUUAUCGGGGAGAGGAGCUCUGAGUACCUGCGUGCCCUGUUUGUCUACGAGAAGGGGGCUCGGGUGCUUCUGGUUCCAGACAAUAGCUUCCCUCUGGGGUAUUACCUCAUCCCCUUCACAGGGAUUGUGGGACUGCUCGUUCUGGCCAUGGGAGCGGUGAUGGUAGUUCGUUGUAUCCAGCACCGGAAGCGGCUCCAGCGGAAUCGACUGUCCAAAGAGCAACUGAAACAGAUUCCUACACAUGACUAUCAGAAGGGAGACCAGUAUGAUGUGUGUGCCAUCUGCCUGGAUGAGUAUGAGGAUGGGGACAAGCUGCGAGUACUGCCCUGUUCUCAUGCCUACCACAGCCGCUGUGUGGACCCCUGGCUCACCCAGACCCGGAAGACCUGUCCCAUCUGCAAGCAGCCUGUCCACCGGGGCCCAGGGGAUGAGGAAGAGGAGGAAGAGACACAGGGGCCAGAGGGUGAUGAGGAAGGGGAGCUGAGGGACCAGCCUGCUUCAGAACGGACCCCACUUCUGGGCUCUAGCCCCCCACUUCCGAGUUCCUUUGGCUCCCUAGCUCCUACCGCUCUUGUUUUCCCAGGGUCUUCAACAGAUCCCCCUUCCUCCCCUCCAUCUUCUUCAGCUGCCAUCCUGGUCUAAUGUCCCCCCUCAUCCCCUCCCCACACCUCCUGUGACCUAUUUGCACAGCCCCUGAGCCUCUCCUCUUGUGCUGAGGGACAGGGGACCUUCUGCCCCAGGUUGCUCCUUUAUCCAGCCCCAUCCUUUUGAGGGGGUUGGGGGUGUAAAGGGCCUGAGGUCUUCACUUACUCAGUAAAUAAAACUGUUUUUGUGAACUAA